ACACCUCAACGCUUCUGGGAAAGAGGAGUCUGCUGUUGGGGAGCCCAUCUCCAUCACCUGUGAAAGAGGAAGCAAUGGCUUCAAAGACUUUUACUUUUGAGGAGGUGGCUAAACACAAUCAUAAAAACGAUUGCUGGAUUAUAAUCGAUGGAAAGGUUUAUGAUGUCACCCCAUUUUUGGAAGAACAUCCAGGAGGUGAUGAAGUUCUGUUGCUGGCUGCUGAGAAGGAUGCCACAGAUGAUUUUGAGGACGUAGGUCACAGUGACUCUGCAAGGGAGAUGAUGGAAAAGUACCUAAUUGGAAACGUUGACACCAGCACCCUUCCAGAAAAGCCACAAUACCGAUCGCCGCCACCAAGACAAGCACCACCACCUCCUGCUGCUGCUCGUGACCAAUCUUCUGGAGUUGGACUCAAGGUGUUGCAGUAUCUGAUCCCAUUGCUGAUAUUGGGCUUUGCAUUUGUUCUGCAAUACUAUGGUAAAAAUGCGAAACCAGCCAAAUCCGAGCACUGACUUUGAGCUACAACUUAGGUUUUGGUAUCUUCAAUCUUUAUUGUUUGCAGAACCAUGGGUUUUUGUUGUUCUCGGAUGUCAGUUGAAUUCAUUGUGCUGUCUAUCUCAUGAUCAUGCUUGCAAGGCAUAGCUUUCAUGGCCAUAUUGUUCAUUAUGUUGCAGUGCUCUUAAUGUGAUCCUAUUCACAUAUAAAAUAUUUUUGUUUUAAAUUAAUUAUCAAAUCUAGUAGGAGUCUGCAAUCAA